GGAGUCUAAACAGUUUAGCAAAUCAAUAUGAGUUUUCAACCAGCAUCAGCAUCAUCAUCCUCACCAUCGUCAUAUUAUCAUUCAUCAGAUUUAUCCAAUUCAAAUCAUUUUAUUCCUACUGACGUUAAUGCCAUCAAUGAGAAUCAUGUUGAUCGAGAAUAUUUUCAACAAAAAGUUUAUUAUUAUUUAAAUGAAUUACGUAUUUUUGUUCAACAAGCACCUUUUAAUAUACAAACAGGCAUUUCUGAAGAUAUGAUCACACAAUUAGCACAUAUAUUAGCAGAUGGUCAAAUAUUUAUUACAGUGACUGAAUUAGUCAAUAGUCAACGUGUAGAAGAACAAAUAUUACAUAAACAAUUGAUUGAUUUACGCUCUGAACAAUCUGCUUGUCGAUCUGCUUUAAGACGAAAACACAGAGAAGAAAUGUCUAUGAAUUCCUCUCGACCACAUCAUCUACCAGUGUUAAAAAAAGAACAUGAACAAGAAAUGCAACGUUUAACAAAAAAUCAAACAGAUGCAUUACGUAAUUUAUCCUUAAGAAUAUUGGAUUCAUUAGACGGACGUGUUGUUGAACAACAAUUAACAUUAGAACGUUUAGGUGUGCCAACAUUUAUACGUACAACUAAUGCUCAAUUAAUACGUAUUCAAAUGAGAAUAUUAGAUUGGAUUGUACGUUUAAGUCGUCAUACAUUACCUCCAAUGUCAAGUUUAACAAAUCUUAACACCACAUCUCCUCCUACAUGGCCUCCAUGAAUAUGCAUAAAGAAAAAAAAACUGUUUUCAUUACAAUUUUUUAUGUUAUUUUAACAAUUAGAAUGUAUUUAUGUAGUGUGAUUUUAUUUAUUACCAGUUACAUUUGUUUUACUAGAUAUUAUUAUUAUUAUUAUUGUGAAGUUCAUUUUUAUAUUUGAAACAAAAAAAAAUAAAUAAAUAAGUCAUAAUACACAUACAAUUUUACAUGUUGAAUUCAAUAUUCUUGUACAAAUUCAAUGUUCAAUUCUUUCAAUUUUUCCUUGUUUGUAUUUUACAUGAUACGUUUUGUUUAUUUGUGUUUUGUUUUUCGUUUUUUUUUUUGAAAUUUUAUUUUAUCCAAUGAAUCAAUCAACAGAAUCACAUAAUUUAUACUUUUGAUAAUAAAAAAAUGUGUCAUGUAAUCACUUCCAGCUUCCUUUAGAAUAAUCUUUCAUGUUAUAAAGAUAAAGCUGUAUUUAUAAAUCUUUGUCUAAUUUAAAUUUCAAAGUUCCUAAUGUUUAUUUUAUACAAUUUCACUGUUUAUUGUUUCAAUUUUUUUUUUAAAUAUCACAUUGAAAUUAGUAGAUGGGUUCAAUGAGGAAAAGAAAAAUAUUACUUUUUAAAAUAUUA